AUGAGAAGAGUAGAGGCUUUAGAUUCGCGAGUUAACGAUAACAUUCUUAAAACUGACGCAAUUAUAUCUAAAUUAGGAAACCUAGACUUCAAGUUGUUUAGCAGAAUUAGACAAGAUGAAGAAGAAAUUGUGACUGAAAAUGUUCACAAAAAACAUAAUGAUAAUAGAAUUAGCAACUCUCAAUUACUUGAUAAAAAACUAGAAUCUUUAGAUCAAAAAGUAUCUGACAUUGACUCUAAACUAGUAGGCCUUAAAACGCAAAUUGAUAAUAACUUUUUACCCGUUGAUGAUAUUAACGCUGAAGCAAGUGAAAAAAAACCUAUCAACCUUAACGUUAUCGAAAUAGCGAAGGGUUUAAAUACAGAGGUCAUAAAUGAAAUAACGAAAGAAGUAGAUCAAUUAAGAACAUCAAUGACGACAGUUGAUAGGAAAUUGCAAUUCCAUAUUAACCUUGUUUCAGAAAAUCUAGGAAAGGUCUUAUAUAUGAUGGCAGAUGUUCACGCCGCAAUAGUAGAACCCGAAUCAGCAUCAAUUAAUGUCAAUAGCAUUUUUAAAAACCGUAAUGCCACAAGUACACCUUCGCCAAUUUCUAAAACUAAUAAAAUAGAUACAUUGGUCAACAAAAUUAUACCCAUGAUGAGCGUAUCAGAGAAAAUGGAUGAGGUGUGGGAUGUGGUAGUUGGCACAAAAAGUUCUGUAGAUGAUUUAGUGCCAAAGUCAGAUGAACUACUGACUCAAACACAAAGACAAGAGCGAGCUAUUGGUCAGAUUCAUAAUGAUUUACGUUUAAAAACAAAUCUCAUUAUUGAAAAUCUAGAUAUGGUUGAGAAACGAUUAAAAAAGCAGGAAGAUGAUGUAGCAACCCUCGCACAACGACCAGUGCCGGCGGAAUUAUUACUAGACCCGACUAUAGAUCGACUAGUAGAAUAUGCACCCAACAGAUAUAGAGUAGACGAGCCUUCAACAGAUCCCAGCACAAGUACAGCUGCCUUUACUACGCCAUCCAUUUCAACAGCUAAUAAUAGCCCGAGCAGUCCCAGUAACUCAAGCACAAGUUCAAGCAGCGCAACGGCAACGGUGACCCCCGCCAGCACUGGACCAACGAGCCCUCGUCCCACCAGCCGUAAAGGCGGCAUCAUCUUUCCAAGCGUGAAAAACAAACCAAUUAUUGGCAACAACACAUUCGCUUCGGAAAUUGUCGCCAACUAUAAGGAUGUUAAAGGUUAUUCCUGUGUGGACCUGCUGAAUGCUGGCAUGCGAGAUUCUGGCGUGUACUAUCUUCAGAUUCGUGGUACAACGUAUUGGUUCCUCAAGGUCUUUUGUGAACAAGCUAUAGCUGAUGGUGGCUGGACUGUUAUUCACCGUCGUGAUGAUUUCGGUACACCUGCUGAAAAUUUCAACAGAGAUUGGAGUGAUUAUAAAAAUGGUUUCGGUGAUACCAGCAAGGAAUUUUGGCUUGGAAAUGAAAACAUAUAUAUGCUCACUAAUAACGAUGAUUACAUGCUUCGCGUAGAACUGGAAGAUUUUGAUGGUAACAAGAGAUAUGCACAGUAUUCGCACUUCAAAAUAUAUUCUGAAGCGGAAUACUACAAGCUUGAGAUAGAUGGAUAUGAGGGGAACGCCGGAGAUUCCCUUAAUGACCCCUGGUACGGAUCCAAUAAUAGCCCCUUCUCAACUUACAACAGGGAUAAUGACAGAUCGUCAUUAAACUGCGCUUCAAUGCUGAAAGGUGGUUGGUGGUGGAAAUCAUGUGGUCGCGGAUUGAAUGGAUUGUACCUUCAUGAUCCGCAAGAUCUUACAGCUAGGCAAGGUAUUGUAUGGUUCCGUUGGAGAGGCUGGGAUUACACGCUUAAAAAAGCUUCUAUGAUGAUCAAGCCCAAAGGUAUUCAACCGGCAACGUGA